CCCCUACAUAAACAUCAGCAAGUUGGAGAAGCAGCUGCAUUCCUUUUGGGUCCACCGAGCAUCUCUUUUCAAAGCAUUGGCACUAUAUAUUUCUCGGUCAACUCUGCAUACGCAGCCUCAAGGUGCUCUCGACGUCGAGAUGGCGGAGCCGAUUCAUCAGAAGCCAGUAUUCUUUUUCGACAUCGACAACUGUCUAUAUCCGAAAAGCACCAACAUAGCCCACAUGAUGGGUGUAUUAAUCGACCAAUACUUCCAAACUCAUCUGUCGCUCUCUCAGGAGGAUGCCAACACGCUACACUUCAAGUACUACCGAGAGUAUGGCCUUGCAAUCGAAGGACUGGUGCGGCAUCACAAAGUGGACGCCCUUGAAUACAACAAGAAAGUCGACGACGCGCUGCCACUGGAGCAAGUCAUCAAGCCUAACCCGAAACUCCGCAAGAUGCUCCAGGAUAUUGACCGUAACAAAGUCAAGCUGUGGCUAUUCACCAAUGCUUACGUAACUCAUGGAAAGAGAGUCGUAAAGCUACUUGGUAUUGAGGACAUGUUCGAUGGCAUCACGUACUGUGAUUAUGGAGCGGAACGGUUCCUCUGCAAGCCUCACCCAGACAUGUUCGCAAAAGCCAUGGAGGAGGCAGAAGUCAAAUCCCCUAAAGAAUGCUUCUUUGUUGACGACUCCCACCUCAACGUCAAAGCCGCCGGUGAGCUAGGUUGGACAGCGAUACAUCUUCUGGAUGAGGCAGACCCAGAACCCGCACAUCCAGCCAGCCAACAUACAAUCCGAGAUCUUGAGGAAUUGAGAGGGCUUUUUCCCCACUUCUUCAUAGGGUCGUCCACGGAACUAAGGGAGUAAGGUAACAGAUUCCUUGCUACCAAGCCUAGCUGUUCAUAUGAUUGCCAAGAAAUCAUGACCAUAUAGUGGCUUAAGAUGAGAUCAUUUUCGGGGUGUGAUCAUUAGAACAUUAGAAGUGUUCAUCAGGUGGAGCUUUGAGCUUUACAUAGCGUAGUGCCAGAUCUCCCAUCUGAAUUGAACUCGGCAGCGUACCUGCAUACUCACUGCGAAAUAGACUAAUGGUAGACGAGCUAUCGAAUCAAGGAAUUGCAUUACCUGCGACACAGACAAAAUAUUCUGGUCACUGUUCCAUGAUCAUCCAAAAAGUGAAUCAGGGUGUGCAUGUGCAGGAAAUGGGGAGGCCAUCCUGUG